CACACUUUUUAAACAUAAAACUUUCAACCAUGAUUCUUCAUAUUCAUCUAUCUGUAUUAUUCUCCUACAUUACACUCUUUCACCUCAUUUUCAUCACAUUAGCUCAAUCUGAAAACUAUAUCAUCCACAUGAACCUAUCAGCCAUGCCUGAAUCAUUCACAAACCAUCACACUUGGUACCAUUCAACUCUUUCUUCUGCAUUACAAAAUUCACAACUCACAACAAUAACCAAUAAUCUCAACUCUCAAAUUUCUUCCAAGUUUAUUUACACCUACACACAUGUCAUGAAUGGCUUCAGUGCUAAUUUAUCACCAAAAGAACAUGAAUCUCUCAAAACCCUACCAGGUUACAUUUCUUCAAUACCUGAUUUACCUGUUAACCUUGACACAACCUACUCACCUCAAUUCCUUGGUCUCAAUCCAAACAAAGGCGCUUGGCACGACUCCGAUUUCGGAAACAAUGUAAUUAUCGGUGUAAUCGACACCGGAGUUUGGCCAGAAAGUGAUAGUUUCAAAGACUACGGAAUGACUGAAGUUCCUUCAAAAUGGAAUGGACAAUGUGAAAACAGCAUCCAUUUUAAUAAAUCACUUUGCAACAAAAAACUCAUUGGUGCUAAAUUCUUCAACAAAGGACUAUUAGCCCAAAAUCCAAACGCAACCUUAGGAUUAAACUCCACACGUGACACAAAAGGCCAUGGAACUCAUACAUCAACAACAGCAGCAGGAAGUAGAGUUGAUAAAGCAUCAUUCUAUGGUUAUGCAAAUGGAACUGCUUCUGGAAUAGCUUCGAAUUCGCGUGUUGCAAUGUAUAAAGCUAUAUGGGAAAAUGGAGCCUUCUCAUCUGAUAUAAUAGCUGCAAUUGACGCCGCAAUAUCAGACGGUGUCGAUGUUCUUUCAUUAUCAUUAGGUAUUCAAGAUGUACCGUUGUAUGAAGACCCUGUAGCUAUAGCAACGUUUGCAGCUGUGGAAAAAGGUGUUGUUGUUGCUACUUCAGCUGGAAAUGAUGGACCUGCCCUUAAAACUAUUCACAAUGGAACACCUUGGGUCAUAACUGUUGCUGCUGGAACUAUGGAUAGAGAUUUUCAAGGGACUCUUAUACUUGGAAAUGGUAACAAAAUCAUAGGUUUGUCUCUUUAUAUAGGAGAGUUUUCUUCUAACAAUGUUCCAAUUGUUUUCAUGGGUUUAUGUGAUAGUGUUAAUGAAUUGAAACAAGUGAAAAGCAAGAUUGUGGUGUGUGAAGACAAGAAUGGAACUAGUGUCUCUAAUCAACUCUAUAAUUUGGAUGUAACACAAGUUUUUGGAGCAGUUUUGAUUUCAAAUGUCACAGAUGUACCAUAUAAAAAGUUUUUAGCAUCAAUUUUUGUCAAUCCAAUCAAUGGUGAGACUGUCAAAGAUUACAUCAAAAAUUUUAACUCAAAAAACACUAGUUCUAUAGCAAGUAUGUCUUUCGAGAAAACCGUUUUUGGAACAAAACCAGCACCUAGUGUUGAUUCUUAUAGUUCAAGAGGUCCAUCAAAUAGUUGUCCAUUUGUUUUGAAACCCGACAUCACUGCGCCCGGAACUUUAAUCUUAGCAGCAUGGCCUUCAAAUGUUCAUGUGAUGGAUUCGGAAACUUCUAAAGAUUUUAACGAUUUCAAUAUGAUAAGUGGAACAUCUAUGGCAUGUCCUCAUGUUGCAGGCGCAGCCGCGCUUUUAAAAGGCGCACACAAAGAUUGGAGCCCCGCGGCUAUUAGGUCAGCGAUUAUGACAACAUCAGACAUAUUUGAUAAUACUAAAGAACAUAUCAAAGACAUUGGAAAUGGUAACGAAGUAGCAACGCCUUUUGCGCUGGGAGCUGGUCAUGUUAAUCCUAAUAGAGCACUUGAUCCUGGUCUUGUUUACGAUGUGGGUGUACAAGAUUAUGUUAAUCUUCUUUGUGCACUUAACUUCACACAACAAAACAUCACUGCCAUCACAAGAUCAUCUUUCAAUGAUUGCUCUAAACCUUCUUUGGAUCUUAAUUAUCCUUCUUUUAUUGUUUUCUUCGAUGGUGGAAAUUCUUCUUCGAAGACAUUACAUGAAUUUCAUAGAACAGUUACUAAUGUUGGUGAAGGGAAAACAACUUAUGUUGCUAGCAUUACUCCUAUUAAAGGUUUUAGUGUUAGUGUUAUCCCAAACAAGUUAGUGUUUCAUGAGAAGAAUGAGAAGUUGAGCUUCAAGUUGAGGAUUGAAGUUGAAAGAAUGACAAAUUUAGAGGAAGUGGCUUUUGGAUAUCUAAGUUGGAUGGAUGAGAAGCAUGUAGUUAGGAGUCCUAUUGUGAUCACAACCAUUAAACUACUGAAAUCCUAGAUUUAUAAUUUGUUAUGAUGUUGUAACUUGUAAGUGUUAUUAUCUUAUGAACCAAAUGGAAAAUGUAAAUUAAUUAAGGAAAUAUUUGAUAAAUAAUAUUCAAC